AUGAUAGGGAAGGAGGAACUGCAAGAGAUUAGGGAGAAGUAUGUUUCUGAAUGGAUAUUGAAUCCUGACAAUGUGCGGCAGAAAGAAGUCUUGCAAUAUUUACAGUUCAUAGUUAAAGGAUCUAGAGGUGAAUCAGCAGAAGAACAAAAAAUAGAUGAGCUUUCUUUCACAGAAUUAAGAGAUAAACUAAUUGCCCUGGAUCCUCUCAAUAAAAAGAACAUCAUCAGCAUUAAUCAAGUUGAAUACAUUGAAGAGUUGAAGCAACUUUUAAAGAAUGAAGAGAUACCUACUCCUGCUCCAGUUGAGCAGCAUUGGGCAACGAAUAAUAGGAGUCCCUUGAGUCCUGCUUCAAACCCAUUUUAG